CCUGUGGAGGAGGCGGCGGCCCGCGGGGGCCUGUGGAGCGUGCGUGGCCCAAAGAGGGGUUUUCUGGGCGGCGGCGGCCGCCGCCAGGGGGAGGCGCGGGGAGUGGAACCCAGUGGCCCCGGAUCCUCGGCACCGGGGAGUGGGUUCUCGGGCCGGGGCGGCCUUCCCGGAUCUGGCGGGACGGGCCCAUAGGGUUAGGGGUGUGAAGCGCUACCCCCGGAGCGUCCGGAUAAAUGCUUGCGGACCCUCGGGAGAUUUCCUUGUGAAACCUUCUAGUAGAAAAGUUCCUUGGACGGACUUCAUUUGAUCCAGGCAUAAAGGAAAGAAAAGCUUUGGCAGACACUGAAGAAGAGACGGGGAUUUAUCCUCCUAAUCUGGGCCUCCUGUCAUGGAUGAAGAGACUCGGCACAGCCUUGAGUGCAUCCAGGCAAAUCAGAUCUUUCCCAGGAAGCAGCUGAUCCGAGAGGAUGAGAAUCUUCAGGUUCCUUUUCUUGAACUUCAUGGAGAAAGCACAGAGUAUGUGGGCCGUGCUGAAGAUGCCAUCAUUGCCCUUUCAAAUUACAGACUUCACAUCAAGUUCAAGGAGUCUCUUGUUAAUACUGUCUCUCAAUCUCCUGCUUCUGAAAUCACAGUUCCAUUACAGCUCAUAGAAAGUGUUGAAUGCCGAGAUAUAUUUCAGCUUCAUUUGACUUGUAAAGACUGCAAAGUUAUCAGGUGUCAGUUUUCAACUUUUGAGCAGUGUCAAGAGUGGCUUAAGAGACUGAACAAUGCAAUCCGACCACCUGCUAAAAUAGAAGAUCUCUUCUCGUUUGCAUACCAUGCUUGGUGCAUGGAGGUCUACGCCAGUGAAAAAGAGCAACAUGGAGACCUGUGCAGACCAGGGGAACACGUAACAUCAAGGUUUAAAAACGAAGUGGAGCGGAUGGGUUUUGAUAUGAUCAAUGCCUGGAGGAUUUCCAACAUCAAUGAGAAGUACAAGCUAUGUGGUAGCUAUCCACAGGAGCUCAUAGUGCCUGCCUGGAUCACUGACAAAGAACUAGAAAGCGUAGCAAGCUUCAGGUCCUGGAAGCGCAUCCCUGUUGUCAUCUACAGGCACCAGAGCAAUGGAGCUGUCAUUGCGCGCUGUGGACAGCCGGAGGUCAGCUGGUGGGGCUGGCGAAAUGCUGACGAUGAGCACCUGGUGCAGUCAGUAGCCAAAGCUUGUGCCUCUGACUCCAGAUCAAGUGGCAGCAAGCUGUCAACUAGAAAUAGUUCUCGAGACUUUCCCAACGCAGGAGACCUUUCUGAUGUGGAGUUUGAUUCUUCUCUGUCAAAUGCUUCAGGAGCAGAGAGUUUAGCCAUCCAACCUCAGAAGCUUUUGAUCUUGGAUGCACGUUCCUAUGCUGCAGCUGUUGCGAACCGAGCCAAAGGAGGAGGCUGUGAAUGCCCAGAGUAUUACCCAAACUGUGAAGUUGUGUUUAUGGGGAUGGCAAAUAUUCAUUCAAUUCGGAGGAGUUUUCAGUCUCUGAGGUUGCUGUGCACACAGAUGCCAGAUCCAGGAAAUUGGCUCUCAGCUCUUGAAAGCACAAAAUGGCUUCAUCACCUGUCUGUGCUUUUGAAGUCGGCGCUUCUGGUAGUACAUGCUGUGGAUCGUGAUCAGCGGCCGGUGCUAGUGCACUGCUCGGAUGGCUGGGAUCGCACCCCUCAGAUUGUGGCAUUGGCUAAGCUCUUGCUGGAUCCUUAUUACCGAACCAUAGAGGGUUUCCAGGUCCUGGUGGAGAUGGAGUGGCUGGAUUUUGGCCACAAGUUUGCUGACCGGUGUGGUCAUGGGGAGAACUCAGACGAUCUGAACGAGCGUUGCCCAGUGUUUCUGCAGUGGCUUGACUGUGUUCAUCAGCUUCAGAGGCAAUUUCCUUGCUCUUUUGAGUUCAAUGAAGCAUUCCUUGUGAAACUGGUGCAACAUACCUAUUCCUGCCUCUUUGGAACAUUCCUGUGCAACAACGCCAAGGAGCGAGGGGAAAAGCAUACUCAGGAACGUACAUGUUCCGUGUGGUCGCUGCUUCGGGCAGGCAACAAGGCUUUCAAAAACCUACUGUAUUCCUCUCAGUCAGAAGCCGUGCUAUACCCUGUGUGUCAUGUGCGUAACCUGAUGCUGUGGAGUGCAGUGUACCUACCCUGCCCAUCCCCGUCCACCCCUGUGGAUGACAGCUGUGCGCCAUACCCAGCCCCUGGCAGCAGCCCUGAUGAUCCACUCCUGAGCCGGCUACCAAAGACUAGAUCAUUUGACAAUCUGACCACAGCCUGCGACAACACAGUGCCUCUAGCCAGCCGGCGCAGUAGCGACCCAAGCCUGAAUGAAAAGUGGCAGGAGCACCAGCACAGGCGCUCUUUAGAAUUGAGCAGCCUGGCUUGUCCUGGAGAGGAGCCUCUUGAUCCUGACAGCCUGGGGAAGCCAACCAAAGUGCUGGGUGGCGCAGAGUUGUCUGUUGCAGCUGGAGUGGCUGAGGGGCAGAUGGAGAACAUUUUGCAAGAGGCCACCAAAGAGGAGAGUGGGAUAGAGGAUACUACCCACAGGGGGAGCAUGGAGCAGGAGGUCACAGAGGAGGCUCUCUUAGAAAGAGGGAGCAGGGGGAAGGUUCCUGAGGGCUCAGCGGUUGUACCUCAUCAGGUACCACCACCGGAUGCUGCAGUUCUGAGGAGCCCUCCGGGCAUCAGCCUUUCUCUCUUCUCACAGGGUAUUCCUGAGCAGCAGGGUAGGCAAGGUGUUCUUUCCAGUUCUCUCCAGGAGUCCCCCAGGGAAGAGGAUAUCCGGGAGGUCCCUGUGGAACAGCCUCAAAUAGGAGCUGUGGCAGAGGACAGGGAGGAAGCAAUUCUUACAAUCCAAGUAGAUGCAAAUAUUGGUUAUGGUACCUCACAGUCAAGUUCUCUGCUGCCCUUGCAAGUCCCAUUUGAAGCCAGAGGACCAAACGUAGACAGUUCCUUGGACAUGUUAAUGGAAGAUAAAGUGAAGUCAGAAAGUGGGCCCCAAGACCAUCAUAGACCUUGCCUAGUAAACAGUAGCAAGUUCAGUGGCAAGGACGUGCUUCCUCAAGCCGUGGAGCCCAGGUCUCCAGAGAGGAGCCUGGUUGAGAGGCCUCAAGGGGAAUCUGUGGUGCAUAGGACUUCCCCUGGCAGCACCCACAGCCCAGUACGUUCUCCUUGUGCCUUGCCUAUAGCCGAAUGUAAAGAGGGGCUUGUGUGCAACGGUGUUCCAGAGACUGAAAAUAAGGCCUCAGAGCAGCCCCCAGGGCUUAGCACCCUCCAGAAGUACCCCACCCCCAAUGGGCACUGUGCCAAUGGGGAGGCUGGUAGGAGCAAGGACUCAUUGAGCCACCAGCUGUCUGCCACAAGCUGCAGCUCUGCCCACUUACACUCGAGGAACUUGUACCAUAAGUGGCUGCACAGCCAGUCAGGAAGGCCAUCUGCAACUGGCAGCCCUGACCAGCCUUCCCGCAGCCACCUGGAUGAUGAUGGUAUGCCUGUAUACACAGACACUAUCCAACAGCGCCUGCGUCAGAUUGAGUCAGGCCACCAACAGGAAGUGGAGACCUUGAAGAAACAAGUCCAGGAGCUGAGGAGUCGCUUGGAAAGCCAGUGUCUGACCAGCUCUCUACGCUUCAAUGGGGACUUUGGGGAUGAAGUGACUUCAAUCCCCGACUCGGAAAGCAAUCUGGAUCAGAACUCUUUGUCUCGCUGCAGCACAGAGAUUUUCUCUGAAGCCAGCUGGGAGCAGGUGGAUAAACAGGACACGGAGAUGACCCGUUGGCUCCCUGACCACCUGGCUGCCCACUGCUACGCGUGUGACAGCGCCUUCUGGCUCGCCAGCAGGAAGCACCACUGCAGGGACACUGACCGUGUUGAUCAAACGUGGAAUUGUGGGAACGUAUUCUGCUCCAGCUGUUGUAACCAGAAGGUUCCAGUUCCCAGCCAGCAGCUCUUUGAACCCAGUCGAGUGUGCAAGUCUUGCUAUAGCAGUCUACAUCCCACGAGCUCCAGCAUUGACCUUGAACUGGAUAAGCCCAUUGCUGCCACCUCAAACUGAAGCUCAGUGACCUGGGGCAGGCAGAGGCCAAGCUGCUGUUCCUCUGACAGGCCCACACAGCCUGGGCAGACCGAGGCCCGUGCACUUUGGAAUGGGAGCAUGGAACCACCUGUGCGGAGUGACAGAAAUUUGGGAUGUACCACUGGAUUGUAGAUUGAUUUUUCUUUCCUGGUUUUUUCUCUCCCUUUUCCAUCCUCCCUCUGCUUCCCCAAAAGGAAAAAGUCCGCUGGUUAUCUUUAAAAUAUUUUUUUAAAUGGAAUACCAGAGGUUGCCAGCCCCCCCUGUAACUAUAGAGCUGCCUGUUGUCAGGAAAUGCUGAGGGUUGGCUUGGUACCUCAGGAUGGAAGGAGGUUGGUCAGGAGUGGAGACCUGAGAUAGUGAACGGGGAAGAAAGCCAGUGCUAACAUUUGUGACCAUUCCUUGUGCCACCGCCACAUCAGAGCUGGUUGGAAAAACCUUUGCUGCUGAGGAGGCCGGAAGCAUCUUCCCUAAGAGCACUACCCUGCGUGCCCUCUCCCUCCCACCUCACAGACAGGAUUGGCAAGUGGAAGAAGGAGCAAAUAGUAAAUGGAUUAUAGUAAAAGGGCUUCCCUUAGGGGAAGAAAGGUGUAUGUUCUACUGAGGCAAGUGAGAGGGGAGGGGACAGAGGUGGAUGGCCAGUAUGUCCUCCCCCACGGGAUUCCGUUUUUAAUUUGAUCUUGACUGUCUAAGGCUCCCGUCGCUGUCAUGGGUCUGCUUUCCUCAGCCAGGCCAUGUAGUGCUUCCCACCCUCGGACAUGAAAGUGCAGACUGAUCAGAGUGCAGUGUCCUGUUGCUGUGGCCAUGGCCAAAGCCUGCCUGGAGCCCAGGCACCUGGAAGCCCCUUGUGGAGCUUGGUCCCCCAAACAAUCUCUCUUCCUCAGCUAGCACAGGGAAAUCCAGACUCAGGGUUCCAAAAAUUCCCUAUUCCCAAACCAAACCAAUCAUGGACCUCCCCCUUGAGGGGUAGAAUCAGCCUUUUAGAGUGCAAGCCUCUGGAAAAGGGGGCAUGUCCCAUACAAUCAGCCUUCCUCCUCCCCUUCUUGGAGCAACAGUUCUGCCCUGCUCCUGUGCUGCUGGCCAGCAGUGAGGGCCCACUUGGUGACUUUGCAGUCCUUGGAGAAGUGACAGCCUGUAGGCAAUUCAGGGCCCCUUCCCUCAGUAGCUUUGAUGUGGUCCAAAAAGAGCCUUAAGUCAAGAAUAUUUGUGGUGGAGGUGGGUAUGGGGAAGGGGUGGUGAGUUUAAGUUUGUGCUUUGUAAUCUUGGCAUCCAUGUUUUGUGCCUGCCCUCCCUCUUGGGGGAAGGGCCAUGCUUGGCUCUGCUAAAAGCUGCUAACUGGUAACAGGGCUUGUGGUGGCGAGCAGUGUGGGUAAGACCAGGGAACUCUUCUGACACUUUGGAAGCGGUUCCCUGGCCAAGGGCAAGUUCUGUCUCAGGAAGGUGGCUCCUGUGUGUGCCUGGGUGUGAUUAAGACGUGGCCCAGAAGCCUUCCCUGGAGUAGCCAGUCCAGGCAAAGCCAAGAGCAUCUGAGCACAUCUCCAGCUUCCCAGUGGCAGCAGGUUGCUCAGAGUUUGAAGUUAGUGAAACAGGGUGUAGUCCUUCUCCGAACUCUGUGUGGUUUGCCCGUGCGGGGAGGGAGAAGUCAGUCUAAUUGAAGAUUGUGCAGUUCUUAGUGACAGGUGCCAAGAGGUUAUGAUACGGGUUUCUUGGGUCUGAUGUACAGUGUGAAUAAAUGCUUGCAGCUCUUAGCCCUUUUUUGAUCAAUGAAGCACUUUUUUAUUAAUAUUUUCCUUUGUAUGUAAAGGAGGAACCGUAACUCUCCGUAGCUGUACAUAUAACCCUUUUUUCCUAAAGAGGAGUCAGUCAGUGCUCCUAUAUUUUUCAUUUUUUGUCAAAGCAAGAAGUAAAUACUUUAGAAUUGUUAAAUAUAUAAAUAAAGUGAAUAAAGUUUAGUGUUCCGCAUGGUA